GGAAAGCGAAUCCCUAGAAAGCAAGAAGAAACUUAGCAGAGUCUGCAGUAGACACUGUAUCUCUGGCUGCUUGCACGCACUGUUCAGUGCACAGCCUUCAAUCUUUCUCUGCAGCGCAACCCCUCCUCCCGCUGCUGCUCAGGAUCAUUUGCUGGAAGCUCGGAGCAGCACACGGCUGAGCUCAGAAGUUUGGGAAUGGAUCUGGGAAGACUGAGUAGCUGGAGGUUGGAAGCCCUCACAAAUCAGCAGGCUGGCACAUAUUCUGGGGUGGUUUUGAAUUCCAAAACUUUCUGCUCUGCCAGGGAAAAAGCCACCACAGCAAAGGCACUGACACCUGGAGGUAUCUCUUUUGGAUUCAGUUUCUUUUAGCAGAGCCUAGCAGGGAUACCUGACUCCCCCAGGGAAAAGUUUUUUGAGAAGGUCCUGAGAGCAGCAAGACACUGGUUGAAAGGGUGGAGGGGUGAGUCACUCACUUGCCUUCCCCGGUGGGGAUACGGGAGUUGACCAAAUUGAUCAUGAGACUCUUCUUACACCUCCCAGGGAGGGCUUCUUAGGGCACUGCCCCACCAGGAGAACUGGGGCUGUGGCGGGAAGCCCCCACCAGCACAUACUGAGCGCAGUCAGGUCUGUAGGCACUGGAGAUGGAGAAUGAAGUCGGGAAAUCUGUGGACAACCAAAUGGAUAAGUACAUAGUUACAAUAAUGGGGAAAUCAGAAAGUCAAAUGGAUAUUGUGGAAAAAUCGACAAAAUCUGGGAAGAAAUCCUGGAGCUUUGUGACCAUUGGUCUGUCUGUCCUGCUGCUGCUCAUGACCUGUGCGGUGGUCGCCCUGGUGAUCCUGUAUGCCAACAGUAGAGAUAUGCAGUAUGGCACCAAUUCCGGCAGCACAUGCACUACUCCUGGAUGUGUUACAGCAGGCUUCAUAGAGCAGCGAGAUUCAUUGCCCCUGUUAAAGAUUUUAGCUAUGGUUGGAGAUUGGCCAGUGGCUUCAGCAGAUUGGAAUAUCACCAAAGAGCCAAAUUGGAGCAUGGAAGAAAAACUCUCCACACUGAACUCCAGAUUUAACAAACGAGUCUUCAUUGAUAUGUUCGUAUGGAACGAUGACCGGGACUCCAGCAGACAUAUCAUUUAUAUCGACCAGCCUAGUUUGGGAAUGCCAUCCAGAGACUACUACUUUAAUGGUGGAAAUUACGAAAGAGUGCGGGAAGCCUACUUGCAAUUUAUGAUCACCAUUGCCAAAAUGAUCAGAGAAGACAAGAAUAUGGCAAAAGACGACAAUUUUGUCCAAGAGGAAAUGGCAAAGGUUAUAAAGCUUGAAACUGAGAUUGCAAACGCUACUGCUCCUGCAGAAGAAAGGCAUGACGUGACCUUAUUGUACAACAAAAUGACCCUAAGAGAGCUCCAGGAAAAGUUUGCAUUGAAUGAGUUUAACUGGACUCUCUUCAUCCAAGGCAUCAUGUCUUCAGUAAACGUUCAGAUCCACCUGGAUGAGGAGGUAGUUGUGUACGGCAUGCCCUACCUGCAGGAGCUCAAAGCGAUUAUCUCCAACUACUCAGCAAGCACCAUCCAGAACUACCUAGUCUGGCGACUGGUGGUUGACAGGGUCAGCAGCUUGAGUCGGCGUUUCAAGGACGCCCGGGCCAACUACCGAAAGGCACUUUAUGGGACAACACUGGAAGAGGCCCGUUGGCGGGAAUGCGUGAGUUAUGUCAACAACAACAUGGAGAACGUGGUGGGAGCUCUGUAUGUCAGGGAGACAUUUGCUGGUGAGAGCAAGAAGAUGGUCCGAGACUUAAUAGACAAAAUCCGGGAAGUGUUCGUUGAGACACUCGAUGAAUUACAGUGGAUGGACGAAACAUCAAAAGAGAAAGCUCGUGAGAAGGCAAUGGCAAUUAAAGAACAAAUUGGCUACCCAGACUACAUUUUGGAAGAUCAGAAUGAAAAACUGGAACAGGAAUAUGCAAAUUUAAACUUCAGUGAGCACAAGUAUUUUGAAAACACCCUGGAAAACCUGAGGGCUGGAGCCCAGAAGAGCUUGAAAAAACUUCGAGAGAGGGUUGAUCAAGAUACAUGGAUCAUUGGUGCUGCCGUGGUCAACGCAUUCUAUUCCCCCAACCGAAAUCAGAUAGUGUUUCCUGCUGGAAUUCUACAGCCUCCCUUCUUUAGCAAACACCAGCCACAGGCACUAAACUUUGGAGGGAUCGGGAUGGUAAUUGGACAUGAAAUUACUCAUGGUUUUGAUGACAAUGGAAGAAAUUUUGACAAAAAUGGAAAUAUGUUUGAUUGGUGGAGCAAUUUCUCAGCUAUGCAUUUCAAAGAUCAGUCACGCUGCAUGGUUUAUCAGUAUGGAAACUACACAUGGGAGCUGGCUGGAGGACAGAACGUCAGUGGAAUAAGCACACUGGGGGAGAAUAUUGCAGACAAUGGAGGAGUCCGACAGGCCUACAAGGCCUAUUUAAAAUGGUUGGAACGUGAAGGGAAGGAGCCACAGUUACCAGGACUUGAUCUGACUCACAAACAACUUUUCUUUCUGAACUUUGCCCAGGUAUGGUGUGGUUCCUACAGACCUGAAUACGCCAGCCAGUCUAUAAAGACAGAUGUUCACAGCCCUUUGAAAUACAGGGUGAUGGGAUCCUUGCAAAACUUUGAAGCUUUCUCUGAAGCGUUCCACUGUAAGAAGGGCACAGCCAUGCAUCCUGUAGAGAAAUGCAGAGUGUGGUAGCCAAAACGAACAAUGAUGCUGAAGAUGAUAAUGCUUCGACUGCACGGUCUAAAAACUGAACUCAGGUGGCUACCUGCUGAACAGUUCUAGCCAGUGACGUGCCCGAUGUUUUCCUGUGCAGUGACAGCUAAGGUUAAGGGUGCAGUUACUGUAGUCAGAAUUAAAGAAGCUACAGCUGUCAGGCUUUUAUGAUUCAGCUGGAAUGUAUGCAGGCAUCUCGCAAUGUUGUCUGACCGGGCUGGAUUGAAAGUGACAGUAUGCUUCAGGAGAAAAAUGACUGUUUCAGGUGACAUUCCGACUGUUAAGAUACCACAUCAGGGUUACAAAGACUAGCUCUUUAAAAAAUAAAAGCAGAUCUAUUUUUCAGCAAGGAAUAUUCACUUUAGUAUGUCUUACAACUAACUAAUCCUUUCUUUAUUCAGUAAGCCUGUCUGACUUUUCACUGAGUUAAUUAUUUUUCAAUAUUCUGAUUCAGUUUCUAGUGCACUUCUCCCAAACCCAAGGAUAGAGAUAGUUAAACUUAUAUGCUGUCCACGUAACACUGUCUGCUCGCUCCUCUGACUGCUUUAUUGUGAGAGAUUGUAAUUUGUCUUGAUAUUUUACAAGGUAAGCUGUAUGUUAAAAUACCUACUAGCUACUAAGUUAAAGCAAAGCUGAACCACUGUUUUUGCACUUCUUGUUUUGCUCUAUUGGGGAAGUUUAAUGUGAUCUCAACACAAUGAGAUGUAGAGAACUUUUAAAAGAGGAGAUUCUCUAGCAUUGCCAAGUUCAGAAUUACACGGGUCUCUUUCCUUCAGAAAUAUAUUUAAGAGGAUGCUUAUUCCAUUAAGGGUAAAUAUUUAAAUGGCAAAAGCUUGUUGCUUAAUGUAAACAGCAAAACAUUUACACAGGGAAACAAUUAUCUAUUUUUAAACCUGGGCCUUUUUAUUUUGCUAUAGUCUGCUUUUAAAGAUUGGAUGUCAUUACACUUUAAAAAUGCACAAGUCUUGUUAAUUUUUAUAUAAAUAAAACUUGUACUGCAGCAAAUCGUUCAGGCAUUUAUCUCUAGAAACAGGUCUGGAUUACUUUCUUCCACAAAUGCUAAAAUUUCAAAGUAACUAGUACUGAAAUGGUCAAUCUUUUAUAUGGGACUUAAGCAUUCUUCACUGAAAAUGUUUAUUUUUGGUAUAUGUACCACUACUUAUUCUUCAUAAUUUAAGAUUUGGUAAUGCGUAUCUUAACAGAUGUCAAACCAAGUUAUUAAUUCACUUAGUAUAUUUAAUGCAUAAAGAAAAUUUUUUUUUAUGGAAUGUGACUUACAUCCACUGUCAGUAGUGUUUUGGUAAGAGAUCUAUUUUGUGUUUGAGUGUCCAUCUAGCAAGCGUCAUUAGCCAAAUAAAUUAAUCCCAUCCCUUUAAAAAACAUCUUAGAACAAUCUUUAAAUGUGAAGUCAUUGAGUUAAAAACAAAAGAAACUGAUGCAUGCUGGAAUUAAUUUCAUUAAAUCAGAACUAAUUAACAGUAGCAUCUUUAUAAUACCUCUCAUGGUAUGUAUAGUCUUACCAAAUGAAGUCUGGAUAAUAUUUUCAUGUACAUGUACUACAUUAUCUUCUCCUGACAAAAUGAAGUUCAUCUACAAAUUAAUGAUGACAGCAGAGAACUCCUAAUUCAUUUUUAAUUUCUAGAUUAGAAGAAUUUAUGUAAUGACUAACCUAUCUGCCCUUCCUCCCACCCCACACCCAACUCAGAGACCUUGCGCUUUCUCAGGGUCUAAUCUUUCCUAUGGACCACAAAGUCCAUUGGAGUUGUGUAUAGGAGAGAGAAACCCUUUCCAGUAACAAAGGCAGUUGCCUUCACUUAUGUCUGUAAACACCUUGUGCCAUUAGUUAGUGCCUGAUCCUCAAGAUAAGGUGACGGUGCUCAGCACCAUCUAGGAUUGUGUCUAUGCACACAGGUAUUGCAGGAGGUAACAAGAAUAGGAUUAAGCCCUUAAUAUGCUGCUAUUCAUUGAGCAUGGGCUAUUUUCAUACUUAGCUGUAUUACAUGUUGGAUCUCAAACAAGCAUGACCAUAUACAUUAGAGAUGCUUGCUCAGGCAGAGAUAGCAUAUGCAUACAUAAGAAUGCUACAUAAAACUCCUGGUUUUGGUAUUUAUACAUACAUCAGCUGGAGAAAAUGGGAAUUUAGGACCCAAUGCUGUAUAAUGCUAGCUGGAGUGUUUAGAACUAAAUGGGCUUUGUAAAUACACUGAAAUGAAAAUUACAGUCAGAUUCAAGCCAUUAAUGAGGCUGGUAGGAUAUAAGCCAGAUUUUCAAAGGCAUUUAAGUGCCUAACUUCCAGUGAAAAAUUGAUUCAAGUUAGGAGCCUAAAUAUAUUUGAGGAUCUAGCCUUUAAAGGCCAGAGACCUUUGAAAAUAUGGCCCCUGAGUCUAGAGGCAUAAAACCAAACACAUGAGUCUAGAAACAAGCUUUGCUAGCUUUUUUUUUUUUGGGGGGGGGGGGGAGAAGAGAGAGAAGAAAAAUUUACCUCCCCCAUAGCCUACUCUAGGAUGUAUAAAACAAAACCUUCCUCACUGACCUAAAUAUUCUACUUACUGAAAUGACAGCUGCAGGUGUAGAACCCUUCCUGGGUAGUUUUCAGGGAGAGAGCAUUUGGGGAUCUCUGAGUUUUACUGAAGUUUAACACAACAUAUCUACUUCCUGUUCACUAGGAGCUGAAGGCACUUGGUCACUUCCACACUGAGGUAGGGCUUGUUCAAUUAGUUUAGAUGAUAAAAUACUGAGUGUGGUGAAGCAUGCACUUACCAGUA